UCAUCCCUGUUUUUAAUAAUUAUCAUUAUUUUUGAUAAUUCAUCUUUCUUGACUCAUCUAGAAUCUGCAAUAAACCACAAUAAUAAAUCUUUUGAUGGUGGCCAGAAAGUGUUCUUCCUAAGCAUGUUAUAGGAUUGUCUAGGGUGUCAUUUUUAGGAAAUUCCUCAGGAAAUUCACUAAUAUUAUCCUUGUGGAUAAAAUACUGGGAUCCCUUGCUAUUCCUAGUGGUUGACUCCUCUGGUAUUAUUGAGCAUAAACAAAUUACCACAUGACAAACUUGUACAAUAAUUGAUGAUUAGGAAAAUAUCAUGUCCAAGUGCUUUGAAUUCAUGGACAAAUCGUCUGUGGCAGAGAGUGGCUCCCAUACAUGGACAAAUCAGGUAGCAGUUUCAACACCAUUGGAUGUCUCAAGUAAUGGAGACUGUUCAAUGACUGACAGUAUCAAUGAUAGUUAUGCAACUGCUAUUGAUGAAAAUGAAACUCAAUAUUUAUCUGUACUGGAAUCUUCCAAUGAUGUUACCCUAGAAGAUUUGCACAAUCUGACAAUAGGCAAUCCUAAGUUGAUGGAACAGGAAAAUUUACAAACUGAACCUGUGGAUGUACCUGAAGAUAGUGAUGGGAUAGAUGCAGGUGAUCAUCAAGUAGUUAUUUUCAACAUGGAAGGAUCUGAUGAUCUAUAUGGUAUUCAGUUUGCACAAGAUGAGGAUGGAAAUAUGCAGAAAUAUCAGUUUCAAGUCAGAACAAAUGAGGAGGGCCAAUUUGAAGCUAUACCAGAAACUAUUCAGCUCUUAGCUGAAGAAAAUAAUGCAUCAGAGGACUUGCCACCAGAUUCCAGCCAAGAGACCCAUGAAUCUGUUGAUAAUCAGGACAAAACACUUGAAGAAGUAGUAUUUGAAACAGAAGUCUUUGUGGAAGAAGAAUUAGAUGAAAACAGUGAUACUCCAAUAUAUAUGCAGGAUGCAGAAAAUGUGAUUGAAGAAAUUCAAACUGAAAAUGAGAAUCAGACUGAUGAAGGUUCAGAAACUGUAUUUGUUUUUAUAAAAUCUGAACCAACAGCUGGAGCAAAUCAACCUAAAGAAGAACUGGAAAAUCAACUGGAUGAUACUCAAAUAUUUGAUAAUUGUGUUAGUGAAUAUGCUAGGGAAGAUGAAGCAAUUGAUGUGAAGCCAAGUUUGAUAGAAGCAUCUCUUACUUCUAAUAUCAAACAAGAGUAUAAUAUAAUGCAAGAUCAGAUAGCUCAAGAAGUUGAGUGCCAAAGGGAAGCUGAAGAAAUUAUCUAUGAAGCCAGUAACAUAGCAGAAGAACACUCUCAAGAAAUUUUAUCACAAGAUUAUGAUGCUGAAGACGCGGUCGCCUCUGAAGAAGACACUGUCCUAGAGUACCGUCAUUUCGAAUCGCAGAACAUCGAGAUCUGCGAGGACGACUCCAGAACCGCCGAGGCGGUCGGACUGCCCUCGAAGGGCCUCUACGGCAAUGAAGAAGGGCUAGACGAAGAGCAGGCUGUGGAGGAGCAGUACGUCGAUGGGAACGAUAGCGAUAGCGAGGGGUACGAGAUGGAAGACGGGCUGCAUGUGACAGCUGAAGGCGAUAUUAGCGAACAGUCAUCGCCAUCUGAAUACCAAUCAGUGGAAACAAUUUACGAGGAACCGCAUCAGCUGGGAGAAGAACAAAUCACCCCUCUGAACAAGCAGAUCGACUGCCAGAUAACGAACGUGCUCAAGCAACCGAUGAACACCAGCAACAUGGACAAUUUCAGCAACAAAACCAUCCUGUACUACAUGAUAACUAACCCCGACCAAAAAGAGAACGUCAUUUCGCUGCCGCUGUGUGUCAAACCUAACCCGAGAAGCUUGCUGAAAAAUGUAGGAGAAACUGAAAAUGCCUGUGAAGGUCCUCCGAAAGCCAAAGAAAAGACCAAAGAUCCCAGGAAAUCGCUUUCACAUCGGCGAUUCGCCAGAAGCAGCGAGUUCGCUCAAGCCAAGCUCUUCAACAAUUUCAUCGACAAAACCACCAUCUCUCAGGCGCCUAUCAGGCAGAUCAGGCUGCCCAGGAAGCAGGAAAUAAAGCCGGUGGACACCAGGCGCGACGAGGAGAUCAUCGUGAAAGAGGUUAUGGUGUCUUCGAAAGGGUUCAUAGAAAAUGUGCAUGAUAGGUUGAACAGUAAGGAUAAGUUGGAGAUCACCAGCAUCGUGGAGCUCACCGACUCCGACGAAGACCCGAGCUCCACCAAAAACGGCAGGAAGAAAAAGAAGAAGAACCUGCGCACGUCCAAACAACGCUCUACGCCCCACCCAGCCGACUCCACCGUCAUCGAGAUCCUGCAGUCCGACGACGAAUCCGUCCACCAAUCAGAACCGUCCGUCGACCGAUCGGAAUCGUCCGUCGGCCAAUCGCGGCCGGCCGAGACGACGGCGAAGAGAGGUCGCGGCAGGCCGAAGAAGGGGGAGGCGGCGGGAGUGGGGACGGUAGGGGUGGACGGUGCGAAGCGGCCGAGAGGCAGACCGCCGAAGACGCCGAAGAAGAAGAGUCGGACGGAGUCGAGCGAGCCGGAGAGCGAUCAAGGUAAAACUGAGAUCAAGUGCCCCCACUGCGCCAAGUCCUUCCCAAGCAACAACAGCCUCAGCACCCAUAUCCAGCACCACAAUUUAGAGAACAGCCUGAAAAACGCCAAGACACAACAGAUCGAAUACAAAUACAAGUGCGACACUUGUCACAGCACCUUCAAAAACAACAUAUUGCUCAAGCGCCAUACAUGCCAAAACACUUCCAAACCCAAGUGUGGCGUUUGUUCGAAAACAAUCAACAACGCAGCAUCCCUAGAAAUCCACAUCCGCAGUCACGUGAAGGAAAAUAUGAUGAAGAACACGACCACCGUGACCAUAUCCCCGAAGAAAUUACGACCUUCUACCGUCCCCAAAUUCAAAUCGCCAAUGAGGCCAGCUACCUUCAAGUGCAAGCACUGCUCGAAAGUCUGCUCCAGCCAAACCAUCCUGGCCGCCCACGAAAGGACGCACAAAACUUAUUCUUGUGCCACCUGCAAAGCAGCUUUUUCUUCGAAGCUGCUGCUCGACACCCAUUUGAGGAUCAGCUGCGUGAAAACCGCCUCGCCCAAAGACAAAAGGCUUUCCUUCAAGAUACGAAAGUCGUACGUUAGUUCGCCGAGAAGAGGCAGGAUUUCCGUGGUUCCGACCAGGACCUCGACGGUACCGACCAGGACCUCGACGGUACCGACCAGGACCUCGACAGUACCGAGUAGGAUGUCGGUGUUACCGAGGAAGGCGCCUAGUAAGGUUCCGAGUAAGACGCCGGUGAUGUCUGGUAAUUAUUCGGCUGUUCCGGGUAGUUCUUCGGCGGUGCCGUCUGGCCGUUCUAGGACGUCUGUGGUGCCGACUAGGGCUUCAGGGAUGUACGGCAAGCCGCUGGAUUUGAAGUUGCAGUGCGCGUUGUGUUUGAUGAAGUUCAGCACGAUGACGGCAUUGUUCAAGCACGAAGUCAAGGACCACAAUGUCAGUACGCCCGACAAAAAAGUCUUGUUGCCCGACAAGAAACAGCUCCACAAGCCGCUACACGAACACGGGGGCAUUCCGAUGCCCUGUCGACUGAACAAGUUCUUCCAGGGGUUCCGCAAAAAACUGGAAUCCGACUCGACGGUCCCCGUUUCUGACUUCGAAAAAAACGAUGAGAAGUAGGCAGGUAAAAAUGCAAGAAUUCAUAUAUCCAUGACUUUCAGUACGAAUGCAUUCUAGACCAAUGAGAUCGAUUCCAACUAUUCGUGUUUUUCAGACAAAAACACGUAAGUACC